GACAAUAAUGGUCCUUGGUGAAAGAUUUUCCACAAAUCACUUCGUUUAUUACUCAAGAUAUACAUCCGACUGUUCAUAUUGCAAAUGACACGUACCACAAUCAGCCACCAACACAUGAUUGUAUCGUCAGACAACUAGCCUGUAGGCUACCAGAGGGAUGAAGGUCAAGUAGUGCCUGGUAGUGUGAGCUAGAAUCCAAUCCAGCAUCGCUCCUACAAAAUCCAGUCCGCAUUUUUGUAGAUGGGCGCAAAAACAUUAUAAUAGUUCUUACAAUUUUCGAUAAUGCCAGUGGUAAAGGGUAGUUGCCCCAUGGAAUGAAAGCUUUUUUAUACGACUGAGCAAGGUUUUGAGCUAGUCCUAUUCUGACAUAUUUCAUACGACUCGUUCCUUCAGUCUGGCAUGGACCAGACUUCAUGUAUUAGACAAAACGGAUUUCUCUCCGGAUCUGCAUCCUUCCUUUAAGUACAUUUCGGGAAUUAUUUAACCUUCUAAAGAUUGCAUUUCCACAACGCAAGUUAUUGGGGCUUCAAAUAGGAAUAACAAGUGCAAUGCAAAGGUACUUUACUCGUUAUAGUCAACAGUUAAGAUCGUUUUUAGUCAGGAGAAGCAUCACACGGAUCGGAUGCUGAGAGUGGGGCAGGAGAUGGGGGCAGCGCUACCCGUAUGAAUAAUGUAGAUCGUCUUCAUCAUGAGCUGCACAUAACAAGCACAGCUCGUGCCUAUAUGGGCAACAAUUCGGAUCCGCGCGAGAGGGAACAUGGAAAUAAAUCUGUAUCGUCUUCAAAUCCGAGAGUGACUUCGAGCAUGGAGACAGGCUUGCUAGCGAAUCAUAAAUUGAAAAAUGUUGGUAGCGGAGAUCCCCCUCCUUCGUCUCACCACCACACACCUCCACAGCAACAGUCGCAACCAUUCAAUCAGUUCCAACAGCAUCACCAACGUCAAAUCCAAAACAACAACAUUAGCAACCAACAAUCAGCGCAAGGAGACUUCGUGAAUCGUCAACAUGGAGGAAAAGAGAAUAUUUUGGGGGACCAAACUGAGCGCCAUCAGCAAUUGCUGAAUAAAAGUGAAGAGGAGGACCAAUCCAGCAAAACGGGUGAUCGGAUGGGCAGCAGGUACGACCAGGGCAACUUGGGACCAACGAAUAACAACACCAACCAGUCCCAAAGUGGGAACAGUUCGGUUUCUGAGUUUAAUAAUUAUUAUGGGAAUGGAAGAGGAGGGCCUUGCUUUGAUCAACAUGGCGGACAACAAAGCCCUGGGACGGGGAUAAUGCAUUCGGCACAAAACAGCAUGGAUCAAGUACAAAACUCUCCCGAAGGGUAUCAUAAUAACCCAUACAACCACUAUCCGAACUAUAGACCUGGCUAUGGUGGCACUGGAUAUGGUAUGAUGAGCCCCUCACGGCAGGGGAACAACAUGAUGGGCCCAGGUGGUAAUACGACUUCAGCUAGUCAUGGAAAAGCUAUGGCUACAGCCUCAGCGCCUGGAGGUGGAAAUGUCGGGGGUUUUCAGCGUUUUCCAGGACAAAAUCAACAACACCCGUCUGGAGCUACCCCUACACUGAAUCAGCUACUGACAUCCCCAAGUCCAAUGAUGCGAGGAUAUGGCAGUGGCUAUCAAGAUUACAAUAAUCCAUCAGCACAACAACAAUCAAGCAUGGGCUUGAGCAAAGAUAUGAGCUCUCAAUAUGCCCAAAGUUCUCAUGGUUGGGGAGGACAACAAAGAAAUCAUCCUGCAAUGAGCCCAGGCAACAACGGGCACGGAGGCAGCAGAACUUCGGGUGUACCCAUGGACGCCAUGGCCAUGAAGCGUUCCCAGCUAUACGCCAUGGGCGGCAGUAGCCCGUACGGCCAGCAACAGCCCGGCGGGGCCUAUCCAGGCCAGCCCUACGGCUCACCCGGCCAGCACCGCUACCCAAUAGCCAUGCAGGGGCGUGGCCAAGUGCCCAUGGCAGGAAUGCAGUACCCUCCACAGCAGCAGAUGCCAGCUCAGUAUGGGCAGCAGGGCAUGGGUGGGUACUGCCAACCGGGCCAGCCACCGUACUUCAGCCCACAGCAGCAGCAGCAGCAGCCCCCGACUGGCACCAGCCAACCCCCAUACAUGCAGCCCAGACCUGGACAGCAGCAACAGGAGGCUCCAGCGGAGGGCUACAGUAGCAGGGGCCAGUCAGUGCUGCCUCCUGGGAAGCAGCCCAACCAUGAGGAGAUGGCCCAGGCCCCCACCCAGCAGCAGCAGCAGCAGCAGCAGCAGCAGCAGCAGCAGCAGCAGCAGCAGCAGCAGCAGCAGCAGGACCGGCCCUCCAGCCUCCCUGACCUGUCGGGCUCUAUUGACGACCUGCCGACGGGUACGGAGGCGGGCCUGAGCUCGGCCGUGAGCGCCUCGGGCUCCACCAGCAGCCAGGGCGAGCAGAGCAACCCGGCGCAGUCGCCCUUCUCCCCGCACGCCUCGCCGCGCCUCUCCAGCCUGCGCAGCGGCCCCUCGCCCUCGCCCGUGGGCUCCCCCGUGGGCUCCAGCCAGUCCCGCUCCGGCCCCAUCUCCCCAGCCAGCGGGCCAGGCACUCAGAUGGCUCCGCAGACCCCAGGAAAUAUGUCAGACGUGGGCUCCCAUUCCACCCUGAGUCAGUCACCCAUGUCUCAGGACAGAGGUUUUGCUCCCAGUAUGCAGCGCAGUGGGCCAGGCCCGCAGUUCACGGCUCAGCAGCAGCAGCAACAACAGCAGCAACAACAACAACAACAGCAACAGCGGCAGCAGGAACAGCAGCAGCAGCACCAUGGCGGACCCUCCAUGUCCCCACACCCUCACCCACAGCCCCACCCACACCCCUCUCCCACCGGCCCCAUGCAGCACCAGGGGAUGGGCCCCUACCCUCACGGCCACCCACACGCCCACCCACACCAGGGCGGACCUCCCUAUGGCCCCCAGGGUGGACAGUACGGCCCCUCAGGUAACUACCCUCGACCGGCCAACUACGGAGGCGCACCCAACUACAGCGGCCCCGGCCCGCAGGGCAUGGCCAACAGCCUGGGCAUGAACGCCGGAAGCCCCAUGCACGGCCAGGGCCCGGGGCAGCACUGCGGAACCGUGCCCCCCGGAAGGGGACCGGGACCCGGCCAGACGGCUGCGGGCGGACGCCCCUACCCGGGUGGCACCAGCGCAAACAACAUGGCGCCCACCUCGCCCAGCAUACCGCAGUCUGUGGGGCCAGGAAUGGGGCCAGGAAUGGGGCCGCCCAUGCCAGGGGCGGGACGCAAAGCGCAGGAGCCGGGAGCACCGGGGGGCAUGCAGGGCUCCCCUUCGGUUGGACAGACGAGGCAGGGCGGGUACCCUGGUAUGCCGCCCAUGGGCCCCGGGGGCCCCUACAACCAGCCACCGGGGGGUAGCUCUGGCAGGAUGACGCCCCAAGGCCCCCCAUACAACACCCCACCACCAGGCCCUAUGGCUAUGCAGGGAGAUGGCCCAGGGGCUGUGGAUGCCAAACAGAGGGCAGAGCACAAGGAAGAGGUUGCUGUGCCUCCUCCUGACCCCCCCAAACCCAAGGACAGCUACAGCUCUCAGCUACACUGUGUGUCCCAGCCCCCCACCCCCUCCCCUCUGCCCCCCAGUCCUGCUAGUCUGUCCUCCUCCUAUCACGGUGACGAUAGCGAUAACAUUAGCAGCCCCGCCUGGCCAAAGACCCCCGGCAGUACUAAGCACAGCUCGGCCACCAUGACCAACGAGAAGAUCACGCGUCUGUACGAGCUGGGCAUGGAGCCGGAGCGCCGGCCGUGGGUGGACCGCUACCUGUCCUUCAUGGACGAGAGGGGCUCGCCCGUGCCCAACCUGCCCGCCGUGGGCAAGAAGGCCCUGGACCUCUUCCAGCUCUACGUCUGUGUCCGGGAGAUGGGAGGACUGGCCAUGGUGAGCAAGAACAAGAAGUGGCGCGAGUUGUCCACGCGCCUCAACGUGGGCACGUCCAGCAGCUCGGCGUCCUCUCUGAAGAAGCAGUACAUCCAGUACCUGUUUGCUUACGAAUGCAAGGUGGAGCGCGGCGAGGAGCCCCCACCGGACGCCUUCGCCCCCGCGGAGAAGAAGCAGCAGCAGCCGCCACCGCCACGCAUCCAGCCUCCCUCACCUGCUAACUCGGGCUCGCUGCAGGGCCCCCAGACCCCCCAGUCCACCGGCAGCAGCUCCAUGACUGAGGCCCUGGGAGAGCUGAAGCCGCCCACCCCCUCCUCCACCCCCCACGGCCCUGGACCUGGACCCCUCACUCCACAGCAGAGCGGCAGGGGUGCUGGCGGUGUGAGUGUGCAGGACCCCUUCUCCGAGGCCAGUGAUCCAGCGUUCCAGAAGCGCGGCACAGUGCCUCCCGGGGGCCCCUACCCACAGGGGAUGGGCCCCGACCCCGCCAUGAGGAUGGCCUACGAUGCCAAGGACCCCUACAACGGGCCCCGUAAAGGUGGCAGUGAGCCCUUCAUGCCAGGCCAGAUGCCAGGCAGUGCCAUGCAGGAGAUGUAUCCCCACGGACCGGCCCCAGGGAUGGGCAUGGGCCCCCGCCCACAGUACCCCUACGGGCCCGGCUUCGACAGGAGAGAGCAUGUCAUGGGGCCAGAUGGAACCAUGGCUCCCCCUACAGGACAGAACAGUAAUGAGUCCAGCAUGUACCCUGGCAACAGAUACCCUUCACACCAGAGGCAUGGUCCUGAUGGAUAUGGCCAGCAGUUUCCUCAUGGAAUGCCAUACGGGCCGCAUGGAAUGUACCCACAACAGCAGGGCUACAAGCGUGCGGGCGAGGGCAUGUACGGGCCCCCAGCCAAGCGUCACGAGGGCGGCGAGGGCUACAUGCAGUACGGGGGCCAGCAGCAGCCCGAGAUGUACGGCCAGUACGGCCCCGGCUACAUGGGGCCCGAGCGCCGGCCCAUGCAGGGCCCCCAGUAUCCCCCCUUCCCCUACGGCCGCCAGGGCCCUCCCCAGCAUGCUAUGAUGAGCGGGGGCUCCCCAGGGGCCUCCUCUGGCCCCCCCACCGCCGGGCCCCCACAGGGCAACAUGUGGCACCCCAGGACUGAUAUGGGCUACCCGUACCAGGGCCGACAGGGCCAGGGGGCUCCUUACCCAGGCAUGGGCCGCGGAGGAGAGGAGGUGGACGGUCGUGGACCUGGUCCGGAUGGCAGCCCCUGGCCCGGGCACCCCAGCCAGCGCCAGUCUCCGUACCCACAGGGCUCUCCCUCCUCCGCCGUGUCCUCUGGCGGUCCCGUGCCCCAGAUGGCCAACCGCCAGCCUCCGUCGCCCUUCCAGUCCCAGGCCAACAUGCCCAAUCACAUCUCCCGAGCUCCGAGUCCCUCCCCGUUCCCCCGGCCCAUGAGCGGCUCCAUGUCCCCCACCAAGGCCCACUUCAUGGCCUCCAUGCAGAAGAUGCAGAAGCCCGGCAUGCCGCCGGGUAUGAUGGGCCCCCAGGGCCCGGGAGGACCCAUGCCCCCCAGCCAGGGCGGCAUGCCCCCCAUCCUGCGCGAGAUCAACUUCCCACCGGGCUCCGUGGAGGCCACCCAGCCUGUCCUGAAAGCCAGGCGCAGGAUCACGGCCAAGGAUAUCGGCACUCCAGAGGCGUGGCGUGUCAUGAUGUCACUGAAGUCGGGGCUGCUGGCGGAGAGCAGCUGGGCUCUGGACACCAUCAACAUCCUGCUGUACGACGACAACACAGUGGGCUCCUUCACACUCACCCAGUUGCCCGGUUUCCUGGAGCUGAUCGUGGAGUACUUCAGGAGGUGUCUGAUCGAGAUCUUCGGCAUCCUGGAGGAGUACGAGGUGGGCACCGAGGGCCAGAAGACCCUCUUAGGCCCACUCCCUGACCCCCCGCAGGAGGACACCAACGCUGAAGCGGACCCCGACCCCGACACUGAGAGCCAGACACGGGCCACCACCCAGGUGGAGGCCGAGAAGAAGAAGGAGAAAGAGGAGGAGAAGAAGAAAGAGGAUGGAGAGAAGAAGAAAGAGGAGGAAGAAGAGAAGAAGCUCCAAGUGUCCGGAACGACGAACGGACCACCAGUCCUGGUUGGUCCACCUGAGGCAAACGCAGUCACCACCACCACCACCACCACAGAGAAGAAGGACAAGGAAGUGGUGGUGGAAGAGAAGGAGGAGAAGGAGAAGAAGGAGGAGAAGUCUUCUUCUGAGGAGGUGGUGGUGGUCAAGGAGGAGGCCAUGGAGGUAGGACUGGAGAAGAAAGAGGAGUCUCAACAGGAGCGUCAGCAGGAGAAAGAGAAGGAGAAUGAGGAGACCACCAACACCACCACCACCACCACCUCCUCCAUCUCCACCACCUCUACCGUUGUUGACAAGCAGGAGCCGCUGCCCAAACAGGCCAGCAAGUACGACCGGCUGCCGGUGAAGGUGGAGGAGCGCGACCGGGAGGCCGACCAGGUGGUCGCUCUGAGCUCUGAGCAGCUGGGCCACGUCACGCGCUUCACCAGCGGCCUGCUGCACUGGAAGGCCGGCGGCGGAGACUCCACCCGCCACAUCCAGACCCACUUUGAGCUGCGCACGGGAGCGGAGGAUUCAAGAUGCAAUGGCAAAUGUGGUGCCAGCGCAACGAUAACAGCAGCAGCAGCAGCAGCAGCAGGAACUACAGCUCCGGAGCCCCAAUCAAAGCCCUCCUCCGGCCCUCCGAGAGAGGAAGACGGACCACCACAAGACAAGGAGAGCGGUGUGACCGCCACCAUGGACGAGGUGCUGAGCUCUCGGCCCCAGGAGAGCCAGGCGGCUGGGGACAACAGCAAGGGUGUCCAAGGCCUCUCUGCUGCUGACAGGGUCCAGGCGUCGUUCCCCUUCGCCGACCACCCGAGGCCCGGCAAGCUCCUCACGCUGCAGGAGGACGAGCCUCGCUCGUGGGACGAGGCGCCCCUGUCGACGGCCGAGCCCUGGCAGGACUCGCUGGCCCGCCGCUGCGUCUGCGUGUCCAAUAUCGUGCGCGGCCUCUCCUUCGUCCCGGGCAACGACGCCGAGAUGUCCAAGCAUCCCGGGCUGGUGCUGCUGCUGGGCAGGCUGGUGCUGCUGCACCACGAGCACCCGGAACGGAAGAGGAUGGUGCUGCCGCCGGCGUCCGUGACCCUGUCGUCCACGUCGGCCCUGUCCCCGGUGCUGCCGUCCCCGUACGGCCCACAGCGCACUGGCGGCGGCGAGGAGGAGGAGCGCGGGCUGGCGUGCAGCAAGGACGAGUGGUGGUGGGACUGCCUGUGGGCUCUGCGCGAGAACACGCUGGUCACCCUGGCCAACAUGGCGGGCCAGCUGGACCUCUCGAUCUACCCGGAGAGCAUCUGCCUGCCCAUCCUGGACGGCCUGCUGCACUGGAUGGUGUGCCCGUCGGCCGAGGCCCAAGACCCCUUCUGCUCGGGAGCCAGCGCGGGCGGCACGCUCUCCUGCCCGCUCACGCCACAGCGGCUGGCGCUGGAGUGCCUGUGCAAGCUGAGCAUCCAGGACGGCAACGUGGACCUGCUGCUGGCCACGCCGCCCUUCAGCCGGCACGAGCGGCUCUUCGGCGCCCUGGUGCGGCACGUGGGCGAGCGGCGCAGCCAGGUGUGCCGGGAGAUGGCGGUGGCGGCGCUGGCCAACCUGGCGCAGGGGGACGCGGGGGCGGCGCGGGCCGUGGCCCUGCAGAAGGGCUCGGUGGCUGCCCUGGUGGGCUUCCUGGAGGACAGCGUGGCCAUGGCGCAGUACCAGCAGAGCCCCCACAGCCUGCUGCACGCCGCGGCCCCGCCGCCACACCCCGAGCCCCCCAGCGUCAACAUGAUGUGCAGGGCCGCCAAGGCGCUGCUGGCCCUGGCCAAGGUGGAGGAGAACCGGCCGGAGUUUGUGCUGUUUGAGAGUCGACUGCUGGACAUCUCGCUGUCGUCCGUGCUCAACGCCAGCGUGGCCGGCGUCAUGUGCGAGGUACUCUUCAAGCUCGGGCGCUCGUGACGGACAGACCGCGAGCUGGCAGUCGGACAUAUCGGGGUGUCAUAGUGUGGAGACACACACACAAAAAAAACAUAAGAUCGCCGCGUCUCGCAGAUCAGGGGUUGGGAUUAUAUUUUUAUUUAAGAAAAAUGAACAAAAAAAAUGAACACGACAGACAAAAAAAAAAAGUUUUUACAUACAAAUGAAUAUAUAGAGAAUAUAUAUAGCUCUGCGCCCCAUCCACAAUCUUCAUUUGGGAUUUUUAAAAAAUUAAUAAUUUUAAUACAGAUAUUUAAUACCUGGUGUUUUGUUUCCUUUUUGUAUGUGUUUUAUUUGUUUUUUCAUUUGUUUUAACCAAAGUUGAUAUCGGAUGAUAGGUCUGGUAGUGUCCGAGGGGUAUUUUGCUCUUUAAAUGUUUUAUAAUUGUGGCUGUUAUUGUUUUCUUUCUCUGUGGGGCUUGUUUGUCUGUUUUUUUGGGGGGAUGCAGAUUUAUUUAAAACAUUGUAAGACUUGUUGUAGAUAGAUACUCUUGCCAUGUGUUUUAAGACAAAGAAGUAACAAAAAAAACACAGACUCUACUCAAGACAUACAUGUAUCCAGUUCAGAGGAAAAAAGCAUUGUGCAAUAGGAUGUAGUUUGGCUUGUCAGAGUGAAAAGAGGGAGGUUAACCUUAAUGUGAAUUAAUAUUUUAUUGACCACAGGCAAUAUUUUAAGAAAAAAAUUCUGACCACCAGUAUUGUACUGUAGAGCCGUACCAGUAUAAACAGGAGAGAUUCUUGUUUUUCAACAAAAAAAUGAAAUGAGCGAUAUUUUUCUCUUUUUUUGCAAAAAACACUCGCUUUUUUUGUGUAGAAGCAUGAUCACAGACAGCCGGCUGAACACGUGACCAUCUCGCUCUCUCUCCCCCGUCUUUCUCAGUAUCCUUCUCCCUUCCCGGUCGCCCCUACUUCAUCUUACACAGGCCCCCAUUUUUGUAAAUAGCAAUUUUUGGACAUACUACAAAGGGGGACCUUUUUGAUGGUUAUGUUUGUCCCCUUUUUUUAAAAAAAAGAAAAGAAAUAUGUCCAAGAGACAUGAUGCUCUUACAAGUGUUGACGGUUGGUAAUGUAUAACGAAUUAAUUAUUGACGAUAUUGAUACGGUCACUGAGAAUUUUGGCGACUUCUUUUGGAGAUGGGAAAAGGAGUGGGGUUGUCUCCUCGCCAUCUGGCUCAGCUGCUGUUACACUAUGGUGACGAGUAACAGACAUGGGAUCGCAACCUCCGAUGGAGACAGCCGUUUUUGUGUUUUGCUAUUUUUGACUAUUUUUUUUGUUUUUGUUUUGUAUGCCAAUGGUAGACCAUUUGAGAAGACGUCACGGUAAUAUUUUAUUUUGGAUGUGGACUCCUGGGCCUUUGCAGCGGUCUAUAUGGAAUGUGGUGGAUGAAGAGAAACGAUGGCAAACUGAUGAACUUGGACAUUGCAAAAUUCCCAACAAAUGUAAAGUCUAUGUAAACUCUUUCUCCAUUUGAUUUGAAGACCAUUGUUUAUUCAGUAUAAAAAGUCUUUCUACUACAUGUUCCACAUGUUAAAAGUAAAUGUACAUGAAAUCUGGUUGAGCACUGUGA